CUAAACUUCGCGUGUGUGGCUCCGUGGAAUUAUUUUUGAUUCAGUGAUAAUUUUAGAUAGAUUUUUAUUUAGAGUUUCGCAUUUAGUUCAUUGAAGAUACGUCAGUUUUACAUAGCGCUUACUCAGCGCUGCGAAACGAUGGAAACAUGUGAUUUAACUCGGUGAAAUUGAUGGGUGAUGAUGACACUAUCAGAAAAAAAUACAUGUCAACAAAUUGUAAUUAUCGCGAAUUGUGACCGUGGGACUGUUGUUUUAAUGUGCUAGAAACCUUGUGGAACAUCAUAUGACCGUGUUGGGGCGCUGAGGUCUUUGUUGGAAGUUGUUUAUGAGUGAUGGACUGAGUAUAUAUCCAUUUCCGGCAGGGAUGUCGGGACCUCGGUAAAGUUUUGAUCGGUUAUUGCCCAGAUUUCGGGAUGGCAAAUCCAGCGAUUGCGGUGUCGUUUGACCAGAACGACCGGUCUAGCUGGUACUUCCGCGACUUGUCCCGCGCGGAGGCUACUAAGCUGCUUCUCAACGAGACAGAGAGCGGCGUGUUCCUCGUGCGGGACUCCAAGACAAUCCCCGGGGACUACGUGCUGUGUGUCAGAGAAGACGACAGAGUGUCCCACUACAUAAUCAACCGAGUAGUGUCAGCUGACGGCACGACGCGGUACCGCAUCGGGGACCAGUUGUUCGCGGACAUGCCGGCGCUCCUGGCGUUCUACCGGCUGCACUACCUGGACACCACGCCGCUGGUGCGGCCGCUUCCGCAGGCCUCCGCCGCCACCGCCGCGCCGCCCCCCGCGCACCCCCACACUGUGCUCGAGGUCGUCGUCGCCAAGUUUGACUUCUUUGGCAACGACGCCGACGACCUACCGUUCCGUCGCGGCGAGCGGCUGAUGGUGAUCAACCGCGACGAGGAGCAGUGGUGGACGGCGCGCAACAGCCAGGGGCGCACCGGCUCCAUACCCGUGCCGUAUGUUGAGAGGCUACUGGAUCCCAAAGGCGUCCCGUAUCCCCCUAACGAGGCGCUGACACAGCUCGGGGAUCCGCCGAGCCCGCAGGGACAGAAGCAACGCACAAAUAUGCAGCGCACAUUGCCGGCGCUAGCUCGUGUGAGACAGACGCGGGUGCCUAAUGCGUAUGAUAAAACUGCGCUGCGACUCGAGGAAGGAGACAUUGUUAAGGUGACAAAAAUGAAUAUAAACGGGCAAUGGGAGGGCGAGCUGAACGGAAAAGUGGGUCACUUUCCAUUCACAUAUGUGGAGUUCCUAGACGACAACACGGCUAGUUAAGCAAUACCUUCCCGAGUCGGGCGGACAGGGCAUAGCCCGGUGCAGUGAAGUGAGAAGUUAUAACAGUGAGUGAAAGAGUGACAAUGUUCCAUACAAGUGCUUAGCGUAACAGUACGUUUAAAACUAUCCAAACAAUAUUUUCCCACUCACUCGGACUAAGGAGAUAGAAAGCGACAAGUAUAUUCAAUACCGAGAGGUAGUUUCAUAUAUUUAUUUACGAGUAUUCAUAUCUACCAUAUCUUUUGAUCGUAUUAACACGCCAUACAAAUGGCAUAUAUUGGCUAUAUAAAAGGUAUUUAUUUAUAUACAGCUUAAAAAAUAAUUAAUGUAAAGUGGAAGUGCAUUAAAUUACGAUAUGACGUGAAUUCGUCAGACGAUUUUGGCACUAUUAUUAUAGUCCUAACAUCCAAGUUAAGUCUUUAUCACACCAUUCUUAUACUGUUUUCACUGUUGUAUAUACCAGCUAACAUAUCCACAUGUCGCUGUGUCUAUUCAUUAUUUGAGGUUUACGCGGUUAUUAUCAUAAUUAAAACACAUAAUACCGGGUUCUUACCGUGUUAACCAGGGAUAUGAGACCCCCGAUAUUUCAACACUGUUGCAAGUGCCAUGAUCACGGGACGACUGAUGAAAUUGGAGUGGAGUAUGUAGAUCCAUAUUGUUUUUUCUAAGGGCAAAAAUAUAUCUCUACCCUCUUUCUUUGCCGCUUUUUUCUACAUUUGAUGUCGGAAUGUUCGGAACCAUCUGAACUCGCACCAAACACACUACGACAAAUCGCACUCACUGUGUCCUCGCGUUUUAAUAAACCACAUUAGGCCGUUUUAAGGGAGUCUCAUAUCCCUGAUUGACACGGUAAGAACCCGGUAUUAUGGGUUUUAAACUCUAUUGUUUGAAACUCGACAUAAUUCGCUCGGCGCGCGGCGUGGUUGCCAUGCAGUGUCUGCUCGUUACAACAGUGAAAAAGUGAAUUUGGGUGUAAAUUCCAGAUUGUAAAUGGGUGGAUAUAAAGUUACUAUGAAGCUGGGUUAUUGGAAGAUACAUGUGAGUGAUCAGCUUCCGUCUUGUAAACUGCCAAUCAUGUUAUGAUGCGACAUAAAGACAAUUGUAAGCGCGUUAGACACGCCGUACGUAUUAGACGAAUUGUUACAUAUAACUGUGAUGUCGCUAUUGCCCACCGAUUAUUGGGCUAUGUUACAUUAUAAUUGUUAUUGAAUUGACAUAGUAAUACGUGCAUGUUAUAUCAUGCUUAAGUAUGACGUAAUACAUAUUUCACUACUCACUUUUAUUUAAAAAUCUGUGCAAAAGGUGCUAAAACUAAAGUCUGCUUGCGUAAGACUUAGCCCUCUUAUUUAUUUACUAUUUCGGUACAGCCGAAAAUAUGGAACCGAAACGGUGUGUCAUGUCCUUUAUCAUGUGAUAUUUAAUAUUGACAACUAGACUCAAUUUAUAAUUGUACAAAGAGCAACAGCACACAAAUUAUAUUCUUAUAGUCAGGUUUUAGAAUUCAUGUAUUUCAAUAAAGUGUGUUUCUAGUUGUCAUAUUAUAUCAGAAAAUAGAUCAUAUAUGUCCUUUUAAAUUGAGUCCAAUAUUUCACAAACGAUCUGGGAAGAAUUAUUACCCUCCUUAUGUGGUAGUUGGGUAAAAAGAGUAACAAGAAAUCACUAACAUAGGCUCUAUAAUCUCAGUUGGGAUAGUCAGAGGUACGUCCACCGCAAGAUGAACAAUGUACCAACGCUUCACUAAGGAUUCUCUUAGACCAACGUGAUGUGUUGAAGUCACUCUAGCUCAAUUACAUACAUACAUAAACUCACGCCCGUAAUCCCUAAUGGGGUGGGCAGAGCCACAAGUAAUCAAAGACAACUUGCAGCCACUGUUGAUACGAU